AGUAGUUUGUUGCGGCGUGGUAAGAUUUCCGGACUACGCGACAUGAGAAAAUCGACGUUGCAUCGUGUUGCAUCCCCAGCGAGUACCUAUCAAGCUCAGCAAAGUGGGCCACUGGACAUGCGCAAUGAAACCCAUACCCAUUCUCAGCCUCAUCAGCAAAUGCAAGUCUUACUCCUGCUCGGAUACAAAUACAAUGCAGUGAACACGCCACGCGUCAGCCAAGUUCAAGCUGUGGAAGGACUGGACGCAAGCAUUCAUUCCCGGUCAACGACCAAUUCAUUGCCUUCACCAUGGCAGUCUUCAAGACCCUGCUCAUUGCCCUCGCAGCGGCAGCCAACGCGCCAGCAGCUGUCGUUGCCUUCCAGCACGACCCCAGGGCGACCAACACGGGCCUGGCCAAACGGGCCGACGCAUACCCGUUUUGCAACCCAGCCACGAACCCCAACUGCAUCGCCGGCGGAAAGUAUCUCGUGCCGAUCCUCGAAUUCUCCUCCGAGAACGGCCCCGGCGAUCUGGCCUACCAGCAAUACCUACCCGCCAGCCCGUGGACCUUCUCCAAAUGGACCAACGGCCUGAUGCCCGAGCGGUGCUACUACUGGGGCGUGACGGCCGACAAGUGGAAGGCCACCGACUUUCUCGUUUACAAUGUCACGUACACCGACUGCGCGACGCCCUUUGUCGUGUGCCGCCACCAAAAGUCCACCAAGAGCAUCGGCCAGCUCGCGUCGGUACGUGACAUCAUGCUGGCAUCGUCCCUUGGGCAAUUCGUGCAGAAUGUAUUCAUACUGACAAACCCUCUCGGCUGGCAGCAAAUUGGCAAACUUCCCGUCAGGAUGCGGCAGGCGUCCUCAAUCUACAUCGUGUACGGCGACCUCAACACCGACAACCCCAACUACGGGGGGUACAUGGCGACGCUGGCGGGCGACGGCGUGGUGGUGGGGCGCAGCGUGGCCUACUUUAGCACGUCGCUGGUGCACGAGACGGGCCACGCGGUGGACUCGACGCUGGCGUCGCCCGGCGGCGGCAAGCCCUUCUCAGGCACGGCGGCGUGGGCGGCCGCCGUCAAGGCCGACGGGUUCGCCGUCAGCGCGUACGGCGCGGGGUCGUACGUCGAGGACUUCGCAGAGGCCGGCCGCGCCGUUCUUCUCGACACCGUCGUGCCUGGCGGCCUCGCCGCCUUCACCGGCGGCAAGAACGCAAACCUCACACAGAUCGCCGCCCAGCUCAAGGCGUUCAAGGCCGUCGCCGGCACGUUCUAUACCCCUGGCGGUAAGUGCGACUUGGCGAAGAAGUUCCCGUUUCCGACCAAGUUGGUGAAGAGAGAGUAGUCACGCAAGGGGAAAGCCCACGCGGGGUUUGGUGUGGCGGGAUGUUGAAGUUGAAUACAAUUAUUUGGGUAGAUUUGGUUCGCGGUUUGGCUCUGGCGGCACUUGUCACUUGCCCUAAAGGGCGCUUUUAAGCUGG